GGGCGGGGCGGGGCGGGGCGUGGCCUGCUCUGCUGCGGGCGCCGGCUUGUACAUCGCCGGGCGGGGCCGCGCGCGGCCUUCCCAGUGCCUUGCAGCACAUCCAGUUUGGGCUCCCUGAGCUCUGGGUUGGUGCGGGCCUGUCCUCGUCCUGUGCGGCUCCAGCCCGGGUCCCCUCGCAGCUCUCAGGGUCGCCGCUGGCGCCGCCGCCCGACCCGCAGGCCGCCGCGGGCCGCGGAGCCCAUGAAGGCACGGGCCCCGCCGCCGCCCCCACGGCGUCGCCGUCCUCCCGGGACGCCUCGAGCGGGCGCGGGCAUGGGAGCGGCCUGAGCGCCGGGCAGCCGCGGGAGCUGGAGGGGAAGGCGGCGCCGCUGCUGGAGGCGGGAGCGAUGGCGGAGAAGCGCGCGGGCGCGCAGGCCGCUGGCGGCAGCUGGCUACAAGGCUUUGGCCGACCAAGUGUUUAUCAUGCUGCUAUCGUCAUCUUCCUUGAAUUCUUUGCAUGGGGCCUGCUAACAACUCCAAUGUUGGCUGUUCUACAUGAAACAUUUUCUCAACAUACAUUCCUCAUGAAUGGUCUCAUUCAAGGUGUAAAGGGCCUGCUGUCUUUCCUGAGCGCCCCGCUCAUUGGUGCACUCUCCGACGUGUGGGGAAGGAAGCCUUUUCUCCUCGGCACAGUUUUCUUCACCUGCUUCCCCAUUCCCCUGAUGAGGAUCAACCCAUGGUGGUAUUUUGCGAUGAUUUCUGUAUCUGGAGUCUUCUCAGUUACAUUCUCUGUGAUAUUUGCCUAUGUAGCUGAUAUUACUCAGGAGCAUGAACGAAGUACUGCUUAUGGAUGGGUCUCAGCCACUUUUGCAGCUAGUCUGGUCAGCAGCCCAGCCAUCGGAGCAUUCCUUUCUGCCAAAUAUGGAGACAGCCUUGUGGUGCUGGUGGCAACAGUGGUGGCUCUUCUGGACAUCUGCUUCAUCUUGGUGGCGGUUCCAGAAUCUCUGCCAGAGAAAAUAAGACCAGUUUCCUGGGGAGCUCAGAUUUCUUGGAAACAAGCAGACCCUUUUGCGUCACUGAAGAGAGUUUGGAAGGAUUCUACUGUCUUACUUAUCUGUAUCACCGUGUUCCUUUCCUAUCUUCCUGAAGCUGGACAGUAUUCAAGUUUUUUUCUGUAUCUCAGGCAGGUCAUAGGUUUUGGAUCUGUUAAAAUUGCAGCCUUCAUAGCUAUGGUAGGAGUUCUGUCUAUUGUGGCUCAGACAGUCUUUCUGAGCAUCUUGAUGAGAUCACUGGGGAAUAAGAACACUGUUCUCCUUGGUUUGGGCUUCCAGAUGCUGCAGUUGGCAUGGUAUGGUUUUGGAUCUCAAGCCUGGAUGAUGUGGGCAGCAGGGACGGUGGCCGCCAUGUCCAGCAUCACAUUCCCAGCAGUCAGUGCCCUUGUCUCGAGGAAUGCAGAGUCAGAUCAACAAGGAGUUGCCCAGGGGAUCAUAACUGGAAUAAGAGGACUAUGCAAUGGCCUAGGGCCGGCGCUUUAUGGCUUCAUAUUCUACAUGUUCCAUGUUGAACUGAGCGAGUUGGGUCCGGAAUUGAAUUCUAACAGUGAUGCCCUACAGCACCCCCCAGAGAAGAAGGGGUGGGGAGCAAACAGGAGGAAGAAGAGCUGCAUUGUGAAAGCUUGCAGAGACUGCCGCAGGGAAGUGGAGGAGACUCGGGAUCUAGUUUUACUUCUGCAAAGCCUCCUACACAAGCUCCCUGGAAAUGCCAUCCCAAAUCGCUCCUAUCAUGAAGAUGCCCCAGGUGAGGUGUUUAAACCAGGGCCUGCUGGAGCCAGUGGACCACCUGGGCAUUUGGCGGAAGCUCCUUCUAGCUCUUUGCCCUCCUUACCUUUCCUGGCUUCUGAGACCCUGCGGCCUCUGGUCUCAGCCCUCUCCACAGAACCUCAAGGAGACUCAUCUGCCACGAGACUGCCACCAGGCUCUGCAGCCCUUCUGCACUCAAUCCACCACUUGUUAAAGGGCCACCAGAUUGUUCCCAAAAGGCCUGAUGACCCCCUAGCAGCCCAACCUGAUGAUCAAAUCUACAUCAAUGGAAGGACUCAAUCCCACAGCCAUCAAGAUCUCCAGAAAGAGCCAUUGGAUUCAUCACCUCCACUUCAAGCCCACAGGACCAGAGACUCCAGCUGAGUGGACUAUCAAAAAGUCUUCUGACCCUUUUAAAGUGACGCUCCAAAGAUGUGAGCCCUAAGUCUGUUUAGAUAUAUAGCCAAUAUCAAACCCAGAUGGUAAACACCUCAAACCUUGAUUCUGGUUCUUCAUGUUGGUGUGGACAGGAACCUAAGUUCCUCACUUUGGAAGACAUUCAAGGCUCUAGACUUUGUAUUCAGUCUGUAGAUUUCCUCUUUUUUUAAAAAAAUUUUAUUUAAGGAGAAAAAAGAAAAAAAAACAGAAAAAGGGUACAAGUUAUACAGAUUUUCAGAAAAAAUAAACAGUAGGAAAUCACUAGUUAAUUACAUAUUGUCAUCUUAGAAAUAGUUGCUGAAGUUACAAAAUUAAAGCAUAUAGAGGGGACUUUCAAACAGUGAGAUUGUAAACAGUUUUGUUCAAUGAUCCAACAAAACUCAGUAAUAUGGUUAUCUAUCUUAUACACUUAAAUAUAUAUGCAGUUAUAUCUUUUAGAAAACUUUCUUUUCCUUUCUUUUGUACAAUGACAAUUACACAUUUUAUUACUCCCACAGUUCUUACUACUUUUUUUUUGAAGAAAGUAAAACCAAAUGUGACAUACCAGGACAGAGUCAGUCAAAUCAAAAGGAUGGACAUAAUACAUAAUGUAAAAACAAAAUACAAGGUGAUCAACAAUGGUUACCAUAAUGCCUCUUGCUAUCUUAAAAAGAAUUGCCUAUAUCAUCAGUUAUAAUAAAAUUGAACAAAACAGUAAAGAAUAAGACCAAUAAAACCAAAA